AUGAGGACUCAUACAAGCUCAAAAGAGAACAAUAUCAAGAAGAGAAGAAGCGAAAGAAGCAUGGCCCCUCUUAAAGACUCAUCUCGUUUCAAACAUACUUGUCAUCCAAGCUGGAGAUAUGCAAGGAGAAGGAUAGCUCAAUCACUCCAACGACAAAGCAAUUCUUCAAAUUUCCAGUCAAACUCAGAAAACGCGUUAAGUUUUAUGGAAGAUCAGAGAAAUCGUGUUAAUGAUUAUCCUAAUAAUAAUGAUAAUCAUCAUCAUCAUCAUCUAGGUGUGAAUAAGAUGGGGAAAAAUAUCCGUAAAGAGCCAUCAAACCAGCAAAACCAACAACAAAAUCCUCAACCUCUGGUUUAUAACAUCAACAAAACCGAUUUCAGAUCCAUCGUUCAACAGCUAACCGGACUUGGCUCAACUUCUUCAGCCAAUCCUUCACAGUCAACCAACCCAAAUCCACAUAAACCUCCAAAUUCACGGUUGGUCAAAGUUAGACCGGCUCCUUUGACUCAAGUCAACCGCCCACCACCACAACCUCCGGUUCAAUCGGAUCCAAUUGCCUCUGCACCGGUUCAUUCUGUUAACCAAUUUUCGGUUAACCCGGCUGAAUCUCCAAUCUCUGCUUAUAUGCGUUACUUAAUCGAAUCAAGCCCUGCUGGAAACCGAUCUCAGCCACAAAAUCAAAAUUUGGUUCAACCAUCAACCGGUUUGUUCCCUUCACAUCAAACCGGUCCUAGUUCAAUGUUAUUCCAGUCUCCAGCUUCACAAUUCCUUAUGUCGCCGCAGCCGAGAUCGCCAUUUCCAUUGUUAUCACCCAAUUUUCGCGUUUUCACCGAAUCGCUACCUCCGCCUUCACCCAGCUUUUUCUUUCCAUUGUUCAGUCCAUUAUGGAAAAAUCAAUAG